AUGGGGAUGCAGUGGACAACAGAACAUACAGCACUUGGAUCAUCCCCCAACCCCGUAGGUGGCUACGAAGAAUCCCUGGACUUCUCAACCCACUGGACAAUGGACCAUUUCAGGAUACUGGCUGAUUAUUUUGGGAUGUUUAACUUGCGAUGGUGGCGAGAGCCUCCCGUUAGCUUACGAUCUCAUACUGUACAGAAAACGAAACUAAAGCCGUACAAGACAGUUACCAUCUUUAAUGCAGCUUCAGAAGAAGUAGUCAACCAAAUCCUCAAGAUGUUCCCGUUCCGGUGUGAUAUGCUGAUUCCUAGGGUCUCCUAUAUUCCUUGGACCUGGCCGUCGUUCAGCUCCAUUUACCUUCCUCCCUCUACUAUAAUAGAAACAAAUAACCCUGUUCGUUUUGGCCUUGAAUAA